CUCCGCACGCAGGCAGCAUCGGGGCCGCAGGAGCAGGUGAAGCAGGCGCGGCUCUGCCCCGAGCCUGGUGCCUCCUGGGCACAGGAGUGCGGCCGGGGGCGGGGCCGAGUGGGCCCCCGUACGAACCCUCCGGGAAGCCGGGCGCCCUGCCUGCCCUUGGCCCGGGGCGCAGAGCGUCACACUGGAUCUGGGGAGCAUCCUGCCCCCACUGUGGACCUCAGUUUCCUCACCUGAGACAUGGGCGGCCCCAUCCGCACCCUGUAAGCUGCAAGCCAAGGAGAUUCCUGGCCCCCAUCCUGGACUCACUUAACUACAUCUCCUGGUGGAAGGGCCCUGGGAUCUGCACUUUCAACAUGCUUCUAGAAUGAUUCUGAUGUUUACUGAAGGUUGAGAACUGCAACCCUGUGGGAUUAACAAUGACUAGAGAAUCUGAGAGGCGUCAUCCCUCAAGUGUAUCACUUAGUUCAAGAGUCCUGGAAUCUUUUCACAUCCACCAUGAACACCUCUCACCUCUUGGCCUUGCUCCUCCCAAAAUCUCCACAAGGUGAAAACAGAAGCAAACCCCUGGGCAUCUCAUACAACUUCUCUGACCAUUGCCAGGAUUCCGUGGACAUGAUGGUCUUCAUCGUCACCUCCUACAGCAUUGAGACUGUCGUGGGGGUCCUGGGUAACCUCUGCCUGAUGUGUGUGACUGUGAGGCAGAAGGAGAAAGCCAAUGUGACCAACCUGCUUAUCGCCAACCUGGCCUUCUCUGACUUCCUCAUGUGCCUCCUCUGCCAGCCGCUGACGGCCAUCUACACCAUCAUGGACUACUGGAUCUUUGGAGAGACCCUCUGCAAGAUGUCGGCCUUCAUCCAGUGCAUGUCGGUGACGGUCUCCAUCCUCUCGCUUGUCCUCGUGGCCCUGGAGAGGCAUCAGCUCAUCAUCAACCCAACAGGCUGGAAGCCCAGCAUCUCACAGGCCUACCUGGGGAUUGUGCUCAUCUGGGUCAUUGCCUGUGUCCUCUCCCUGCCCUUCCUGGCCAACAGCAUCCUGGAGAAUGUCUUCCACAAGAACCACUCCAAGGCUCUGGAGUUCCUGGCGGAUAAGGUGGUCUGUACCGAGUCCUGGCCACUGGCUCACCACCGCACCAUCUACACCACCUUCCUGCUCCUCUUCCAGUACUGCCUCCCACUGGGCUUCAUCCUGGUCUGUUAUGCACGCAUCUACCGGCGCCUGCAGAGGCAGGGGCGUGUGUUUCACAAGGGCACCUACAGCUUGCGAGCUGGGCACAUGAAGCAGGUCAAUGUGGUGCUGGUGGUGAUGGUGGUGGCCUUCGCCGUGCUCUGGCUGCCUCUGCAUGUGUUCAACAGCCUGGAAGACUGGCACCAUGAGGCCAUCCCCAUCUGCCAUGGGAACCUCAUCUUCUUGGUGUGCCACUUGCUUGCCAUGGCCUCCACCUGCGUCAACCCAUUCAUCUACGGCUUUCUCAACACCAACUUCAAGAAGGAGAUCAAGGCCCUGGUGCUGACUUGCCAGCAGAGCACCCCCCUGGAGGAGUCAGAGCAUCUGCCCCUGUCCACAGUACAUACGGAAGUCUCCAAAGGGUCCCUGAGGCUAAGUGGCAGGUCCAAUACCAUUUAACCAGGUGUAGGGCUUCUCCCUGCCAUGUCCCUUGCCAGGCUCUUUCACUUAGCUAAGUGGGCACACUGCAAGCUGGGGUGGCACCCCAGCAUUCCUGGCUUUCUGGGGUCCAGAUAGGCUGGCAAGAGCUGCUUUUGCAUCCAUUUGCAUCGUGAAGACUGGCAUUUUGAUACUUCAGCUGUUUGUUCCUGGGAGAAUUCUGAGUGCAGAUUCCAGAGGUCACAGUAAGCCUUGCAGCUUGAGCUGAAAGAUGCCAGAGCCGGAGAUGUCUGCUGGCAGCAGGCAGGGUUCAUUCUGGUGACACAGCAACAGAUGCCUGGCCUGGGAACCCAGAGAUUUCACCUCCACCAGUGAGACCGCGGGGCCACUGUGGGGUGAGGGAAGGAGCGCUUGGAGUCAGAGCUCUAGA